AUGGCGGCAGUUGCGGGCAGCAUGUGCACGAGUAUUACUUUCGGCGGCCGCGCAAGAGCUUUCGUGCUCUGCCUGUGUCUCCUCGGCCCAGCUUCGGCAAUGCGGCAGACGGGCAUCCGCGACCUCGUCAAUGGUGCUGGGGAGAAUAGGUCGUUCCAGGACCUGCCCAAAGAUUUCGUGGCCACAGACUGGGCACAGUCGAAGCACCUUACGACGCUGCUGAACCUAUCGUUGGCGCAGCGUGAGGGCGCCGCCUCAGAGUCUGAUGCAGAGUCGGAGGAGGUCGUGGCCGCUGUGCUUGCAGUCACGAUGGCAAUGGUGUCGAUUGUGACGACCGCGUGGGAUCUUUGGGAGAAGUGGAACGCGGUAAUGAUGCUGCAGUAUGCUUUGACAUCGUUGCGAGAUAGCCCCUGGACCCAGAAGGAGCGGUACGAGCGAUACGACUCUCUCGCAUUGUGCACGGUGGAGCGCAUCGACGAGUCCGUGGACACCAUGGGUGUCGCGGCGACAUACUACCAGCUGCUCUACUACGCGGCAACGCAGUGUGCGCGCCCAGACGUCCACAUAAACUGGUUCGCGACCUCGCACCGCUGCACACGCGACUAUGCCCAGGAGCGCGUGGAGGAGAUGUACGAGCAGGUCUGCAGCCCGCACUACGGCCUGGCCCUGAUCGGCACCGUGGACAUGCUGCUGGCGAACGACACUGUGGCGGCACCAGAUGGCUGCGCCUGCCUCGCUGGCCACGCGUGCGACGGGAAGGCGUGGUGCUGGGUGCCAAAAGGCUCGAAUUGCCCCGACGUCCAGUUCAGCCCGACGCGCUGGGGCUACUCGAGCCAUACUCCCUGCCUGGCCGAAAGGAUGGCUAACCCAGACAAGGCGAGAGCCCUGAUGAAGAGCACCUGCACCAUCUGCCACCACGGCUUUUACAGCAACGCCGGGAUCAUCGAGGCGCAGCUCUUCGACGGAACUUUCGGCGAGGGCAGCGAGGUCUCCUUGAGGGACGAGCAGCAGCGGCGGGCCCUGAAGGAGCAGCUCGCGGCGACGCUGCGGAGCGUGCACAACAUCAGCGCCGCCCACCUGUCGAUCAUGCCGGUCGGUGGGCUGGAGGACCCAGAUGGGGCACCGCCACCUGAUGUUCAGCGCGCGUUUGUGGCUAUCCUGCGGUGGGAGGCCCUGAUGGCAUUCGACAAGCGGUGCAAAGAUUUCAAAGACACGCUGCCGACCAGCGAGCGCACGCUGAUGACCGGCGAAGAUCUGGGGAACGAGAAGAUCGCCCGCUUGCUGGUUGAUGGUCGUUUGGCGAAGCUCGGCACAUCAGUGGGCCGUACAGGUGAGAAGAUGAUGUAUCCUUUGGUUUCGAUCUUCAACCGCAGCAAGCAGGCAUGGACUGCGCUCUGGAAUCACACCUCAGGUCCUACUUCUGGACCUGGGGAAUCGCUUCUGCAGGCUGCAUACCAACGUCAUCGAGUCCACCUUGGCCAGCGGUCAGACCUCUGGGAAGCAUCCACCAAGUUCUGCACUGAGGAAUCCUUUCUCAAACAGGAUUUGCGAGAAAAGGCUGAGGCAGCUGGCCCUGCCAUCACACGACUGCAAGAGACUUGCGACGCGGUGCACGAUGCAGUUCCAAGGGAGGAAGAGCGAUCUAGAACCAUGUUGGACAAGGUCGAGACCGGACCCUCGUGCCAGUGCACCGGUCUUGACCACAAGGUGUUCUGCGGGGACGUGCAGGUCGCUAUGCGCAAGUUCCUCGUGCGCAACGUCGUCAAGACCGCUGGCUGCCACACGCCGUACUGCGCGCCGGAGGCGCGCGCGCUCGCCGUCCGGGCGAGGUUUCUCAGGUGUGGUGUUGUGGCGGGAGCCGUCGGCAGGUGGUCCAGGUGGUUCCGCAGUGCGGGGUGCAAGUGCCAGCGCCCAGACCACGUGGUCUUCUGCGGCGGCGCCCAGGUGGCGGGUCGGAAGUUCAGCCUGGAGGGGGACAUAUUGGCGAACGCAACGUGUCAGGCGCCGUAUUGCGCAGCAGCACCGGGCAGGCCAGCAUCGGCGGGCCUGGCACAGGGCGACUCUCUGGCGCAGCUGUCCCGGGUGCACUCCGCAGCUGUCGCUGGGACAGACCCGUGGUCUGUCCUCUUGUGGGUCCCACUGCAGCUGGCACAAUUGAUGAAGAUAUCUGCCCAGGGGGCCCUCGAUAAGGGCAUGGCGCUCUGGUGGUUUGCCUUCAACAACGUGUACGGCGCCUUCGGCACGGUGGAGGCAGUGAACAUCCUCAUGAAGGGAACGAAGUUGGUGGACAAGUUCGCGCAGUGGACAGGAAUUGUGACGUUCUUCAUCUGGCUUAUCAACGAUGCCAUUUUCACUGGUGUGAACGUCCACAUGUGCCCGAAGAUCACACAGUGGAUUGAGCUUAUGGACGACGUCCGCCCUGCUCUUGACGACGAAGCCCAAGAAAGCCUGACAAAGACAGAGUCAACCCUGAAGCGCAGGAAGACGCAGAAACAUAUGUGGUGCAAUCGCAGCGUGGGUGAUGUCCGUAAGGAGUUGGUCACUGAGAUUGCUGAGAGAUCGACGGCGGUGCGCCGCUUGCGCGAGUUGCACUACAGCACGGCGCUCGGAUGGGAACUGCAUGACCCUAGAUCUCUCGCGUCCCCGGAUGAUGAUAUGGCAGAGUUGUUACAGCGGCACGAAAAUGUUACCCUGCUCCUAGAACAAGAACUUAAGCCAGCGCGUGUCUGCAGCAUCGCAGCAUCUGUCAUGCAAGAGGACUGGCGUGCUGACGGCUUGGAUGAGGUCACCAGUGUAACGAUGUACCGAAGUGCUUGUUCUUGCGAGCCACCGCCUUCGGAGUGCCGUGCGCUUUCUGGUGCGUAA